AUGUUCUUCUCGCUUAUCUCACGAUAUGCUUUAUUUUAUCUGACCGUUGGACUAGGUCACAUCACAUUUAUUCAAACAGCUUGGCCGACACAAAACAACUCUGCUGUUCAGUUAUUAGGUCUUUUUCCAGAUGCACAAAAUACAUCAAUACCUAGUACGUUUUCUGUGCAUUCACGAGCUAUGUUCAAAACAGCGAUCAUUCUUGCACAGCAGUAUGAUGUGAAGAUAAAUGGAGAAUACAUUCAGUGGCAAGCUGCUCAAACUGGUGGAGAUGUCGUUAAUGCUCUUAGUGACAUGUGUCAGGCCAUAUCAAAUUCUAAUAUAAUGGGUGUUGUUGGUCCCGCCUAUUCUCGAGAAGCAACCGAUAUCACCGCUUUCGCCGAAAGAAUAGGUAUUCCUGUUAUAUCUUACGCGACAACCAAUCCCGAUCUAUCUGACCGUACCUCUUAUCCGGCCUUUUAUCGUACAAUCCCGUCAGAUAACGAGGCUGCAAUAGCAAUUGCAAAGUUAUUCACUCGAUACAACUGGACAUCGGCUAUCAUUGUCUAUCAGAAUGAUGCAUUUGGAACAAAUGGAGCAAAAGUUAUUAAUGCAGCACUUACUGCCGGUGCAGUGACGAUUCGGGGAACGGUUAUAUUCGAUGUGACGACAAGAAGUAUUCGCGGGGAUUUACAAGCCCUAUUAACUGGUAGUUCUGCACGAGUGGUAAUCUUGUGGGCGGAUCCAAUUAAUACCCCACUGAUCUUACACAAUGCAAUUGAUGUGAAUGUUCUUGGCCCACAAUUUACAUGGAUCUUAAGUUCGAGUAUUCCAUUCACUACUUUCAAUCAAACAUCUUAUCAAGCACUAGUAGGACUACUAACAGUGGAAGCGGUCACAGGCAGUAUCAUCAGUGAACCAUUCAAUCAAACAUUACUGAACGCGGCAUGCAAUAUUUGGCAAACAUACGAACCAGAAACAUUUCCAGGCGUAUCGAAGAUAGAUUACUACGGAUUGUUUGCAUUUGAUGCUACAUGGUCACUAAUUCAAUCAUUACAAAAAGUCUGUUCGUCAGAUUCUAGCAACCUUUCAACGUGUCCAUCGAUGAUAGGUUCAUCCUACUGUUUCGAUCGGUCUUUAACCAAUUCCAGCAACUUAUUUUCCGCAAUCAAUGACAUCGCAUUUCUUGGUGUCACUGGUCAAAUCGAAUUCAGCGCCAAUGAAACAGAUCGACUGACUGGCGUCUAUUACGUUGCACAAAACAUUCAACCAUCUGCAACGGGAAUAUACUUUACACCAGUAUUAAAAUACACUAACAGAAAUUAUUGGAGUGCCUAUACCUUAGCAAAUGUAAUUGUGUGGCCAGGCAAUUCAUUAACGCCGCCGGCCGAUAGACCCAUUCUCGAAGGAGUCACUCUACGAAUUGCUGUUACUCAAUCGACUCCAUUUACAAUGCUUUCUUACACAGUUGAUGAUUUCGGACGGAAUACAACGACAUAUAUCGGUUACGUACCAGAUCUCAUUGCGCUUUUACAAUACAAUAUGAAAUUUGUACCGCAGCUGAUUUUAGCACCAGCGACUAAAACUUACGAUAAUAUUAUUCAAGAUGUAUCCAAUGGUGUUUAUGAUAUGAUGAUGAGUGAUCUUACCAUUACUUCUGGACGCCGACAAAUAGUGAGUUUUUCCAGUUCAAUAUUUGACAACUCGUUACGUAUUAUUAUGCGCGAAUCCACGGAUGAAAGCGUCGACUUUUUAGCAUUUUUGAAAACAUUCUCCUUUGACCUCUGGUUAACUCUACUUGGCUCUGGACUAUUUGCUGCCGUCAUUCUUUGUAUCAUAGAACGGCAAGAAAAUGAAAUCUUACAAAACCGAUCACUGUUAUCUUUAUUGUCAAUGGGCAUGUGGUAUUCUCUUGGUGCUUUCGUUGGCUAUGGUGUUGAUUUCCAUGUAAGAACAGCAGCUGGCCGUCUGUUAACACUUGGUCUAUACAUAAUAAGCAUUGUUUUUGUCGCGACUUAUACAGCGAAUUUAACUUCUUAUCUGACGAUCGCAAAAACAACGGAGCUCAUAUCUAGCAUUGAUGAUAUCAAAGCAGGAAAGUUACCGUUUAACCGUAUCGGUGUUCGUCUCGGCACAUCGAUUGAAGCCUAUUAUUUACGCGAGAUUUCCAAUGGUGUGAAAAACUACUAUCCAUUAUCAUCUCGGCAACAGCAAUACAAUGCUUUACUCAACGGUCUGAUCGAUGCCUCAUUCAUGGACAUCGGAGUAGCUGAGUAUGCGACGAACAAUAUCUACUGUAAUUUAACAUUGGUCGGUGCAGACUUUGAGACGAGUGCAUUCGGGAUUGCUAUACCCAAGAAUUGGGUGUACGCACAGAUUUUAGAUGUAAAUAUCUUAUCAUUGAGAGAAGCAGGCUCAUUAGACGAUUUGCGUACAAAAUGGUUUCAAGCGAAAACUUGCCCAGAAGCAUCCAAUGUACCAACAUCUAUGGGUCUUCAAUCCUUAAUUGGUCUAUUUCUUACAUUUGCGAUUAUUAGUGUAUUAUCAGUCAUAUUGUUCUUGUAUAAGAAACGGUUUAUGCUCAAAGAUUAUAUGAUGAGUAUGUUUCGCAAUAAAUCUUCUUUCACACAACAGAACGCAUGUAUCAGACGAAAUCCCGUCAAGUCUCUCGAGGAUUCACCACCUUCUCGAGUCCAUUCGGAUAUUCAACUACAGCUGUAA